CUACUGCAACACUAUGGAUUUUAGAAAUUGUCCCUUCCGAAAGAAACGGAGACCAUGGUUUUUGGACUUCUCAUCUUUUGCCUUGGUAACCGUGGCCCUCUCUAUGCUCCAAACGUCUGUGGCUCGUGCAGACCCAGUGGAUGUGCUGCGGGCUCUGCAGGUUCCCUCUCUCCCUGAAGGCGUAAAGAAAGUCCCUGGCUUCUGCACCUCCCGUCGCUCCGGCAACCCUGACCAUGCCUACCGUAUCUCCAAGCGAGCUCAGAUCUCUGCCCCCACCAAACAACUCUUUUCAGGUCGUUUCCCUGAGAACUUCUCGAUCAUGGCUCUGGUUAAAGCUCAUGCAGGUCUGCAGGCCUUCCUCCUCUCUAUCUACAGCGAGCAGGGCAUCCAGCAGCUGGGCAUAGAGAUGGGACGUUCCCCUGUGUUUCUGUACGAGGACCAGAAUGGAAAACCCGCCCCUGAAGACUACCCCCUGUUCAGAGGCGUCAACCUGGCUGAUGGCAAAUGGCACCGUGUUGCUUUCUCAGUGUCUAAGAAAAACGUGACUCUUCUUCUGGACUGUAAAAAGAAAAUGACUCGUCCUUUGGCUCGUGGGAAUAACGCUGAGGUUGACACCAACGGCAUCACUGUGUUUGGAGCCCGUCUUCUGGAUGAGGAGGUUUUCCAGGGUGACAUCCAGCAGUUGUUGAUCGCCUCAAACCCUCAGGCUGCCUAUGAUUUCUGUGAACAUUACAGCCCAGACUGUGACUCCCCACUGCCCAAGACCCAGGCCCAGGACCCCAACACCUAUAAGAAACCAUCUAACGGGAAACCAGCCCCUACUAAGACAAGUGUGGUUAAACCCAAACCGACCCCAGCCAAGGCAGUUAAAACUGGACCAUCCAAACUUGUAGUGAAGCCGCCGAUGCCCACCAAAGCUCCAAAGGCCUCCACCACUAAACCCAAAGUGAAGCCCACUGCGGUUGAGAUCCUUCUGUCUAAGAUCAAGCCCACAGCAGCAGCAACAACCUCCAAACCAUCUGCAAAGAAUGGAAAUGGUAAAGCUACUGCCGAGAAGAAGGCUAAUGGUGCUGUUAAGGCUAAUGGAAAUGGGAAAGCUAAUGCUAAUGCUAAAGCCAAGCCAACCACUCCACCUAAAGUCAAUGGAAAUGGUAAAGCAGUAGCAGAGAAGAAAGUUAACAGCAAUGGUAAAGCUAGUGUUGAGAAGAAAGCUAGUACAAAAGCUGUGGCUAAAACUAAUGGCAAGGCGGUAACAGACAAGAAAGUCAAUGGCAAAGCUGCUGCUGACAAAGCAAAAACUAAUGGGAAAGCUGAUAAUAAAGUCAAUGCUAAAGUUACUGUGGUAGAAAAGAAAGUUGCAAAAACAGAAACCACUAUAAAAACUAAGACAGAGAAAAAAAUUGAAGCUACGAAGGCACCAAAACCAGCGAAAGCACCUAAACCUGAACCUACGAAAGCCGCAAAGGCCUCAACAGCCAAAACUGUGAAAGUGGAAGUCACCAAAGUGAAGACGACCAAAGCUCCUCCAGCUAAACCCACAACAAGCCAAGUCAAUGUGGUAGAAAAGAUUACUGUCAAGAAAGUGGUGGCUACAUCUACCCCUGUCCGACCGACGCCCCCCAGACCCACGAAGCCCAAGGUGGUGGAGAAUAAUGUGAAGUCACACAACAAGCCCUUCCCUCCAUUUGGCACGUCUAUUCUGGGAGCAACAGCCACCCCGGCAAAGAAAAUCACCAACGGCUAUCAGCAGGAUGUAGAUACAGAGUAUUCGGAGGCUGGCCACACCCCUACAGACCCUGAUUAUUUCUAUGAGGAGACGAUUCCAGAGGGUGAGGUGAUUGCAGAAGAAGAAACCAAGGUUCAGCCCGAGGCGGACCCAUCCUUGUUCGAGGCGGAGGUAGAUGCCACCAAAGGCGUGGGUGAGGAGGCCUUCACUGAGGAGUAUGUGACUGGGGAUGUGGGCCUGAAGGAGUACGACUAUUCCUACAGGGACUACAACGAGCCGCUAGUGGAGACUGGAGAGAUCGAUGCCAACAUGGGCCCAUCUCUGUCCGCAGUGACAGACGAAGAUGGCGCUGCUGCCAGGGGUCAGAAAGGUGAAAAAGGAGAGCCAGCUGUCCUGGAGCCUGGUAUGCUGAUCGAAGGACCACCUGGACCUGAGGGGCCAGCUGGCCCAACUGGACCUCCCGGCUCGUCUGGACCUCCUGGCUCUGUUGGUGACCCUGGUGAGAGGGGCACUCCUGGGAAACCUGGUCUUCCUGGAGCUGAUGGUGUCCCUGGACCUCCUGGCUCCUCCGUCAUGCUGCCAUUCCGCUUUGGUCAGAGCGGUGGAGAUAAAGGACCUGUGGUUUCAGCUCAGGAGGCACAGGCAGCCGCCAUCUUGUCCCAGGCUCGGAUGGCUCUGAAAGGACCCCCAGGACCAAUGGGUUAUACAGGACGUCCUGGACCAUUGGGAGGUCCAGGAAGUCCUGGUCUGAAGGGAGAAAGUGGUGACCCUGGUCCCCAGGGCCCCAGGGGACAACAGGGCAUGAUGGGACCUCCAGGAAAAUCAGGAAGAAGAGGUAGAGCUGGAGCUGAUGGUGCCCGAGGAAUGCCAGGCGAGCCUGGAGCCAAGGGUGACCGAGGCUUUGAUGGUCUUCCUGGUUUGCCUGGGGACAAAGGUCACAGGGGUGAUACUGGCCCAAUGGGACCUCCAGGCUCUCAAGGAGAAGAUGGAGAGAGGGGCGAUGAUGGAGAGGUUGGACCCAGGGGUCUCCCAGGUGAACCCGGACCUCGUGGUUUGCUUGGCCCCAAAGGUCCCCCUGGUAUCCCUGGACCUCCUGGUGUUCGAGGAAAUGACGGAAACCCAGGUCCCAAAGGAAACUUGGGUCCACAAGGAGAGCCUGGCCCUCCAGGACAACAGGGAACUCCAGGAACUCAAGGAAUGCCUGGACCUCAGGGAGCUGUUGGACCUCCAGGAGAAAAAGGUCCCACAGGAAAGCCAGGUUUACCUGGAAUGCCUGGAGCUGAUGGUCCUCCUGGCCAUCCAGGAAAAGAGGGACCUGCUGGAACAAAAGGAAACCAGGGUCCUAACGGUCCUCAAGGAGCUAUUGGUUAUCCUGGCCCUCGUGGCAUCAAGGGAGCCCAAGGAAUCCGUGGGUUGAAGGGCCACAAAGGAGAAAAGGGAGAGGAUGGCUUCCCUGGAAUUAAGGGUGACUUUGGAGCAAAGGGAGAAAGGGGUGAGGUUGGUGUACCAGGACCCAGAGGAGAGGAUGGUCCAGAGGGGCCAAAGGGUCGCGUUGGGCCCCCAGGUGAACUUGGACCCAUUGGACUUGUUGGAGAGAAAGGAAAGCUUGGUGUUCCUGGACUUCCUGGAUAUCCCGGAAGAUUAGGACCAAAGGGAUCGCUCGGAUUCCCAGGUUUCCCAGGUUCAAAUGGCGAGAAGGGAACAAGGGGUCUGAGUGGAAAAGCAGGGCCAAGAGGACAAAGGGGACCCACUGGUCCCAGAGGUCAGAGAGGGCCCAGGGGAGCAACUGGAAAGCCAGGAGCAAAGGGCACCUCAGGAAGUGAUGGCCCUCCUGGUCCUCCUGGAGAGAGAGGAUUGCCUGGGCCUCAAGGAGCCAACGGUUUCCCUGGACCAAAAGGACCUCCUGGACCACCUGGGAAAGACGGUCUGCCCGGACAUCCUGGACAGAGAGGAGAAGUUGGUUUCCAAGGGAAGAUGGGCCCACCUGGGCCUCCUGGAGUGGUCGGACCACAGGGUCCAUCUGGGACCGGUCCCAUGGGUGAGCGUGGCCACCCCGGACCCCCAGGCCCCCCUGGAGAGCAAGGUCUUUCUGGUCCCUCUGGAAAAGAAGGCACCAAGGGAGAUCCAGGUCCCCCGGGCGGUCCUGGCAAAGACGGACCCCCAGGACUGAGAGGUUUCCCUGGAGAGAGAGGACUUCCCGGUACCCCUGGAGGUGGAGGACUGAAGGGCAGUGAAGGACCUGCUGGACCUCCUGGACCUGCUGGUUCUCCUGGUGAGAGGGGCGUGGCUGGCACAGCUGGACCUGUUGGACCUCCAGGACGACCAGGACCUCAGGGACCUCCUGGAUCCGCUGGAGAGAAGGGCGUUCCUGGAGAGAAAGGCCCUAUCGGCCCAGCUGGUCGGGAUGGGGUUCAGGGUCCUGUAGGUUUGCCUGGCCCAGCUGGAUCUCCUGGAAUUCCUGGAGAGGAUGGGGACAAGGGUGAAGUUGGGGAGCCUGGACAGAAGGGUGCCAAAGGAGCAAAGGGAGAGCAUGGGCCUCCCGGUCCACCUGGUCCAAUGGGCCCUGUUGGUCAGCCUGGUCCUGCUGGAGCAGAUGGAGAGACUGGUCCACGGGGUCAGCAGGGACAUUUUGGAGCUAAAGGUGACGAAGGAUCCAGAGGUUUCCCAGGGGCUCCCGGACCCAUCGGCUUGCAGUUACUGUAA